AAAUCAUCUCAUUUUUUAUUUUAUUUUUUUGUUCUCAAUUUGUUUUUGAAACCAAACAAAGCAUAAAACUGUUGGUAUGCAUCAGAGAGAAACAAACACAUAACACAAGCAGGAGUUAAUUUGAAUUUGAAUAUAUUCUCGCUUCCAGUUAGUUACUACUUACUACUCGUCUCAUCAGUCGUUGCAGCUUUGGUUCAAUUUGCUCACAAUGGAACCCGGAACUUCUUCUUACAAGAUUAUAUUGGGUUCUUCCUCCAUCGCACGCCGCAAGAUUUUAUCCCAAAUGGGAUACCAAUUCACACUAAUGACUGCAGAUAUUGAUGAAAAGAGCAUCCGAAAAGAAAUUCCAGAAGAGUUGGUUAUGGCUCUAGCUGAAGCUAAGGCCAAUGCCAUUAUUUCCAAACUUCAAACUACUGGUAAUCAAGAGAGAGUUGAUGAACCGACACUUUUAAUUGCUGCUGACACAGCAGAAGCCAUCUUACAAAGGCUCCCUGUUGGUGACUACUUAAAGGAUGCCGAGCCAACUUUAUUAAUUACUUCUGACCAAGUGGUGGUCUAUGAAGGUGUGAUUAGGGAAAAGCCAUCUAACAAACAAGAAGCUCGGCAAUUCUUGAAAGAUUAUUCUGGAAGGAAAGCAGCAACUGUGGGAUCUGUAUUAGUUACUAAUCUCAAAACAGGAUUGAGAAAAGGAGACUCGGAUCGUGUUGAGAUCCAUUUCAAUGAAAUACCCGAUGAAAUCAUUGAGAAGCUGGUUGAUGAGGGAAUUACUCUCAACGUUGCUGGGGGGCUGAUAAUAGAGCAUCCUUUAAUAUUUCCAUAUGUCAAAGAUGUGGUAGGCACAAUUGAUAGUGUGAUGGGGCUUCCCAAAGAUCUGACUGAAAAACUCUUAAAGGCAGUCCUGUAGUUUGCGCCAUCUAUCCCCCUUGUGGGACUUUACAACUACAUUUUUCUUGACUCUAUAUGCAGUGUCUUCUGGUAUCAGUUAUUUUUCUGCUAAGGCAGUUAUGUUCUGUCUGAAUAUUUUAUUGGAUGUUGUUCUGUUUAAAUUAAGUAUAAUGUAUUUGUUCAUAUUUUACUAUUAGCAUAAGGCUGUACUGUGCCUAAUUGGUUCAUUUGAAAAAGAAUCAUCUGAUGAAGUAAUGAUGAGAAAUGAUUCAAUUCA